GCGGCGCCGAGCGGGGGCCAUGUCGUCCGCAGGCGGCCGCCAGCCCAGCCAGAGCCGGGCCAUCCCCACCCGCACCGUCACCCUCAGCGACGCCGCGCAGCUCCCCGCCGACUACUGCACCACCCCCGGCGGGACGCUCUUUUCCACCACGCCGGGAGGCACCCGGAUCAUCUACGACCGCAAGUUCCUGCUGGACCGCCGCAACUCCCCCAUGGCCAAGACCCCGCCUUGUCACCUCCCCAAUAUUCCCGGUGUCACCAGCCCCGGCGAGGCCGGCGAGGAGCCCAAAGCGGAUGCCAGCAGCUUGAACCACCAGGAGGGCAAGCCAUCCAUGGGGGACGAUGCUCAGUUCGAGAUGGAUAUCUGAGCGGGAACCACGGAGAGGCAGCAACUCCCCAGACCUGUGCACCCCCCAUUUGACUUGGCAGGAUCCGUCCCGGCGAGGUGGAGUUGGCAGCGGUCCCCACCAGCAUCCCCUCUCCACCCUCCUCCUCCUCUUUUUUGCGGGGAGUGCAGCUCUGUCUUCUCCCUCUUUGCCGGUGACUGUCCCAGCAUGUGCCAGGCGGAGCAUCCCUUCUGGAUCUGGCCCUAUUCCUCCUCUUCCACCUGGCCAGCAGCCUGAUGUCUACCAGGCUUCUUUUAAAAAUAUCCCUUUGCCUCUUUUGCUGCCUCGUGCCCCCCCCCAAUCCCCCUCUUGUUACCCAAACCUCCCAUUGCCAGCAGCUCGGUGUUCUGGAGCUCUGUCACCCCCUUUGCCCCCUUCUCCUGGAAAAUUUGGGCAGCCUGUCAGGAGGAGGGGAAAACAUCACUCCUAAAAUCACGCACCUGCUUAUACCCUGGGGAGGGUAUUUUUUGAGGAUGUGUUGGUAUUCAAUGAAGGACAACAUCGGGAGCUCAUUCCCUUCGGUGCUCCAGGGGUCUGGUGUAGUCCCUGAUGGAAUCAGCCAGCAUGUCCACAUCUCACCUACCCAGAUUUCUUCCAUCUUGGCCCUCUAGCCAGGGGUUGUGUUCCCCAGCCACCAGCCAGGACUCCCAGCAAUGUAGCCUUAUAUUAUAAAACCCCCUUGCUUUUAUUUUUGGUACUAAAAAGGGGCAGUACCCCCAACAACUUCUUCUGGGCUGGGGCCAAGUGCCUCUGGGAAAGUGCUUUGUAGUGCUUGGGUUUUUUUACUCCCCUCCCCUUCCCCCCAGCCCUUUAAAAUGUGAAUCCUACAGGGGGAGAUCCCUCUGGCACUGUUGGAUGUCUCAGGAAUCACUGGGUGUCUCUGGGGGCUGUGGGGGCUCGCCAAACACCAUAGGGAUGGGGUGCUCUCCUCACAGGGUGCUGCCAUCAAUGCCAUCCUCUGCUCAGUUUUCAGGAUGGGAUUUCUCCCAGCUGGAUCAUGCUGUUGUGGAUAAAGCAUUUCCACGUUAACCUCCCCUUUGCCAGCCUGGCAUGGCACGGACAUCUUGAACCUCCCCUGGAGAUGGGAUUUAUUUUUCCCUCUCUCUCCACGCGACUGUUGCCCUGAGCAAGGCCGUGUGUGGCUGCAGUGGUGCUAGGCCGCGCCCCCCAAUCCCACCAGCCCCCCAGUUUUGAUUUUUUACUGCCUGUUGGGAGCCAUCACCAGCUCCACAACCUUCUCAAGUGCCAUUUUAUCAGCCCCCACCUGAGUGCCUGCUCCAUCCAUCCUCCCUCCCUCACUGGGGUCGGCCCCCACCUAUGUACCCAGCCCUGGGGGGCCCGUGCUGGGGAGAGGGACAUCCCACAGGCUUUGUGCACUUUCCAUCCCAUAAUUUAUUUCUCUAGGUGUGUUUGGCAUGGGGCAGCGCUGGUGGCGAGCUCCCAUCUUCCAGCUGCUUUUUUUCCCAAGGAGGGGGCUGCCCCUCGUUUUGGGGGGUAGGGGGAGGAAGAAGUAAAAGCACAGCCCAGGGGAAUGGGUUGUCUUUCCCAUCCUUUCCCUCGCGUGGGAGGUGAGGUGAAUGUGGCAGCCUGGCCGCCGUAGGCGCACGAGUGAGUGAGUGCGAGUAGCAAUAUGUAUAUGCGUGUGGGUGGGUGGUGAUAAGACACACACAAAUAUAUAUAUUAUAUAUAAAUAAAUAUAUUUUCCUUGAAGUGAAGAUCCUAGGAGGUCAGUUAGGCCCUCGGAUCGAGGGAGGGGCAGGGGGUGAGGACAUCCUUGGCAGAGCGAGGAUGGCCACCGUGGAUACAGGGACCUGGUGCCCUCAGCACAGCUGCUCGUUUUGGGAAACCUGCUCUGCUAGCCAAAAAUAAUUAGACCGUAUCCAAGGACAACGUGACUUAAUGGACAGGAGCCGGAGGGAAAUCUUUUUUGUUGUUAUUUUUUUUUUUUCUUUAAAUGUCUUCUUUCCCAGCUUCCUUGUGUCUCCGUUCCCCAUCCCAGCAACUUUCUCCCGGUUCUGUUUCAUAAGCAGGCUUGGGGCUGAGCAGGGAGGGAGUGCCUGGCCUCACCGGGGCGUUCCUCUGCUAGUCAGGGGAUCCAUUUGCGAUUUCUGUUUUUUACUGUCUCUUCAAGCAGGUAUUUGGGAGGAGAAAAGCUUUUGCCAGUGGUUGCUGUUACAGUGAGAUCAAUAAAGAUUUUGGUUCUUCUAAA